UGUGUGUGUGUGUGUGUGUGCACCCUUGCACUCAGGGGGAGCGGUUGCAGGCGUAGCUAGGAGAAGUUGGAGGUUAUUUGAGAUCACUCAGCAGCUGCCAGCACUCCUGGGUCCCGACUCUUCUUCUUCUUCUUCUUCUUCUUCUUCUUCUUCUUCUUCUCUUCGUCUUCUCUUCUGUGUGGAGCAACAGUUGCAGACAGCUGGGAGCGAGUCAUAGUUUGACAUUAUUGAACAGCUGUUUUAUCCCCGUGGCCUCUGUGGCUGAGUAACCGAGGUUUAGAUCUGACACAAUGGGCCGGCUUUGUUUCAUACCAAGACAAUGGUUGCGAUUGCUGGGCGCCAGAAUUUUCGCCACCAUGGACUGUAUAUAAGGAGUGGAAGUUUGGCAUUUUGGUUGUUGCCAUCUUGUUGUUUUAUUUGCAACCAGAAGUGACACGAGAGGUUGGAGCAAUGUACAACUCAUUUUCUCAUAGACUUCUAUACAACCAGAUGAGUCUCCUCCUGAUGACCAUUAGAGUGCUGCAGGAAUGAGUCCGAAAAAAGCGAUAAAUGACUCAGCAUUUUUGCACUUCAUUUUGUAAACACCCCUCUGGUGAGUUUUGAAGCUUUAACGUGUCUCAUAAUAGUCGGUUGCGAACGAAAGUGUCAAAAUGAAACGACAAAACGUCAUCACGCCGACUAGUCCGCCUUCACAGCCUCGUUGUGUUUAUACUCGUGUUCAUGCAACCGUGGUUCCUUUAUAACCUAACGUUGGCUUUUUACUUCUGCCUAUUUAAGCAUUUAUGCUUCAAAAGUAAUACAAGUGUUGUCCAUUUGUGAAGAUUAUUUUGCUGAACAAAACUUGUAAGUAUCAUAAACUUGUGUUUGCCACAUAGAAUAUUUUCUGCAAGAAUCCAAAAUCCAACAGAAAAAUCUCAUUGGAUUUUUGUCAAAAAUGCAUCAUCACAGCAGCUCUCUAUAUAACAAAGUGAAAAGUAGGGUAACUUUCUCAUAGACCUCUAUACAAUAACACGUUUGUUUUGUAACCAGAGGAGUCGCCCCCUGAUGGACAUUAGAGAGAAUGCAGCUUUACGGCACUACACAUUUCAGACCUGCAGGUUGCCUCCUGUGAGCUUCCCUAUACUCAAGCAAUCAGAGCAAAGUAAAAGAUACUGAACACAUUAAAUUGCGUUUGCAUACUUCACCCCAGGAAAGACAACUCUGCUGUUAUAUAUUUCAUUUUUUUUACAGUUAAAUGUGCACCUGUGCUUCCUUAGCUCUUGUGUGUACGUGUGUGUGUGUGUGUGUGUGUGUGUACGUGUGUGUGCCGGACUAAUAGUCCCGCCUGCUUGAAGCCUCUGAUAAUGGUAACUAAGACAAGUGGGUCUUAUUCCCAUAGCAACAAGAACAUAUCUUUCCCAAGAGCAGAAUUCAUUAAUUACGCCUUUUUCUUUUGCGAGACCUUUAUUUUCUCAGACAGGAAUUAGAAUGCAUGCUCAAUUUCCUCCUCAGCACAAGAGCUGCACCGCCGACUGCAUCACCUCCCCAGCUGCUACCCAGACAGCUAAUAGAGAAAUGCUCUGCCGCCUGGAGAAUAUUAAUACACUCAUAUCUAUGCACACACAUUAUCACACAAACUGGUAAGGGUUUUGUGUACUUGUUUGUGUGUUUCGGUGUGUGUUUUUGUCUUGAGCUGUUCCCCGAAACACAGUCCAGCAAUACUGUGCUACUACUUCUCAUUGAGUCUUCUUCAGCCCGGCCUUAUUCUCCCUUCUACCUUAUUAUGGUGACGCUGAAGUAAAAGAUUACGUGUAAUCCCGUCGGUCGUGUGUUUGUGUCUCCAGUGAGUAACAAAAAGAAGACAAAUGAGAGGAGAAGGGGAAAGUUGAUGCUGUGUAAUAAAAAACAGAGGAGAACGACACGAGGAGGUCACGGCAGGUCCGGUGUGUGAUGAGCCAGCAGAGGGGAAGAGGAAAGGUCGCCCUAAAGCAGAAGUGCAGGAACUGAGAAGCAUCCCUGCCCAUAUGAUAGUACAAUGGAAGGAAGAGUUUAAGCGCCGCUCCAGGGUUAAGUGUCCGUGUUCGGGCUGCUGGUUAGAGUUUCCCAGCAUCUAUGGCGUCAAGUACCACUAUCAACGCUGCCAGGGGGCCACCGUAGCCGAGAAGCUGAGUCAUGGCUGUCCCUACUGUGAGGCAGUGUUUGCCACCAAGGUGCGCCUGCAGAAGCACAAGCUGUGGAACCACCCGGACAGGGCCGGCGUGGAGCCCAAGGACGAGCAGCCUAAGCUUCAAAAGGCCCCCGUCAAGUCCAACACCAAGAAAAGGCCCAUGGAGAACAGUCCCCCCUCUCCCGUGUUCUUCAAAGUGAAAAAGACCCACGAGGUGUCCACGCCCUCCCACAACGGAGAGCUGGCCCACCAGAAGAGUGAGAGGAAACUGCACAGCCACAGCCAGACUUCGCAGCAGAUUCACCAGUCCCAGCCGGUCCAGCCUCAGUCCCAGCAGUCCCAGCAGUCCCACAGCGGGUCGUCCGAUGGGGAGGGCAGCGACAGCGAAGGGGACAGCAUCCCCACUUCUUUCCCCGACGAAGACCCGGAGCGAAUGAGGCACAGACGGAAGCAGAAAACACCGAAGAAGUUCACCGGAGAGCAGCCUUCCAUAUCCGGAACAUUUGGAUUGAAAGGUAUGACUAAGGUGGAGGAGAAGCUGAAGGCGGGUCGUGUGAAGAGGUCAGAAGGGAGUGGGUUCAGUGAGGAGCCCCAGAGAAGACCGACUUCAAGUCAGUCCUCCAAGAAAGAACCAGCUGCAACCAGCUCUGGGGCCGACACCCAAUGGCAGCGAGCGAUCCACGAGCGAGGUGAGGUGGUGUGUCCCACCUGCUCCAUCGUCACCAGGAAAACAAUCCACGGCCUCAAGAAACACAUGGAGAUUUGCCAGAAGCUCCAGGAUGCCCUGAAGUGCCAGCAGUGCCACAAACAGUUCAGGUCCAAGGCCGGCCUCAACUACCACACCAUGGCUGAGCACAGCACCAAGGUACAUCCUCAGAGGAGCGCUCACGUGCGAGACCAUGAACAACAGUAUGGCGACUCCAGUCCAUUAAGUCAGUCCACGCCCUCUGGAAGCGAAGGCCAGACGGGCGACAAGCACGAGGAGAGAGAACAUCUGCGGCGAGUUCUCAAACAGAUGGGACGAAUCAAGUGUCCUAGCGAGGGCUGUUCGGCCCACUUUUCCAGCCUGAUGGGCUACCAGUACCACCAGAAACGUUGUGGGAGAGAGGUCUCUGACGUUGAGAAGCCUGUGUUUCUGUGCCAGCACUGUGGGAAAACCUACCACUCCAAGGCUGGCAGGGAUUACCACGUGCGUACCGAACACUCUCCGGCCAUCGUCAACGCCGCCGCCGCCGUGACGGCCGCCAACAACAGGGACAUUACCACCGACACCAACAACAACACUGGCAAAGAGAGGGUGGUGUCUGUGGAGUCUCCAUCAUUGGGGAAGAAGGAGCCGAGCCAGCCGGAGAAGAAGGACUGGCAGGAGAGUGCCCCGCCCGGCCAGCCGAGGGACAAGGAAAGAGAAGCCGGGGCGGACAAGGACAAGGAGAGGGAGCGAGUCAGAGACAGAGCGCCGCAGACCGCCAGCCAGGGGGACGACUUUGAACGGACGCCGAGCGGCAGAGUGAGGCGCCGGUCGGCUCAGGUGGCGGUGUUCCACCUGCAGGAGAUCGCCGAGGACGAGCUGGCCAAAGACUGGGGCACCAAGCGCCGCAUCAAGGACGACCUGGUGCCGGACAGCAAGAGGGUGAGGAUGGAGGGCGGAUCCAUGAAGCACACGUAGUCCACAUCACGUGCAGACUUGAACAUAGUCGACAUGAACCUGAUCCUCUGAUAGUCUGUAAAUAAUGCAGAGGUUAUGUGCAAAUCUGGUCCGAAACAAAAGGGGGGAAAAUGAUACGUGUGUCAUUUUAGUUCCUGUUCAGACUUUUUACACAACAAACCAAGAUGAGUAAACAUGAAUAUAUAUGUAUAGGUAUCUGGUAGCGGCAGCGAUCUGUCAAUCACUGUGUAGCCC